AUGCAGAUCUUUGUCAAGACCCUGGCGGGCAAGACGAUCACCGUCUACGUUGUGAAGGCGAAGAUUCAGGAUCAGCAGCGCCUUAUGUUUGGCAGGGAGGAGCUGGAGGAUGGAUUAACUCUGGCUGACUACGACAUUGAGGAUGAAUGUACCCUUCACUUUGAUCUGCGGCCACAGAGAAGGAAGAUGCUAAUCUUGAUUAAAACGUUGACAGGCAAGAUCUUUGCUCUUGAGGUCGAUAACUUGGAAACAGUUGACAGUGUCAAGGCUAAGAUCGAGGUUGAGGAGGGCAUUCCUGUGGACCAGCAGAAGCUCAUCUUUGCCGGGAAACAAAUGGAAGAUUUUCGCACCCUGGGGGAGCAUGGCAUCAAGCACCAGGACAUGAUUAACCUGGUGCUCCGCCUCCGUGCCUGA